AGGCAGCCCAGGCCGCUCGCCGCUGGCCCGUCUGGACCCGGGCCGCCACCGCCCGCGGGCCGGCGGGGCGCGCCGACGAGGCCCGCCAGCUGCCCUGCCACGGCGAGGAGACCAGUGGUGGCUCGGGGCACCGCGCUGCCGCCGUCGCGGGUUGCGGCGGCGGCGCCCGCGUCGCCCAUGCUGGUGCGCCCGCACUGGUCGCCAGAGCCGGCGGCCCUCGCGCCGGCGGCACCACCCGCGGCGCAGGCCACGGCAACCCCUGCGAUGCCGCCAACGGCAGCCGCGGUGGUGAUGCUGGCGCCGACGUCGGCAGCACGAGUGGCUUCUCAGACGUUCUACGCCGCGCUGCCCCUGCCGAUGCCGCAGCAGCCCCCGGCUCAGCCCAGCCCCCGCGGGCCGCCUCGCCAGUGGCAGGAGAUCGCCCUCUCGCCCUCGCAGAGCGCCGGGCACAGGGCGGUGGGCUCCAUCACCCUCUGGAGCCCGCUGCCCGAGCAGCGGGGCGAGGAGCAGCCGGGGGGGCGGCACCCCGGAGCGCAGGCGGAGGCCGAGCCCACCGCCCCGCCGCGCCCGCUGCUGCGGCGGCCGGGGCAGGCCCGGGGGGCCGGCGUCGAGGCGUACAGCAUCUGCAGCAGCGGCAGCGAGGGUGCCGGCGAGCCGCCUCCGACGGCCAUGGAGUUGGGCCUGGAGGCGGCGGCCAGCGCGUCGUUCAGCCCUCGAGGCUACGAGGGCCCGCCGGACUGCAGCCCCAAGCGCCACACCGCGCCCCCCGCGGUCCAGCACGCCGCCGCGAAGGCGCGGCAGGCGUGUGGGCGGCGGGCGAGGGCUGCCGGCAGCGGCAGACUGGGCGGGCGGGCGUGGUCCGCCCACCAGGACCGCCCAGUUCCCCCGUCCAGCGCCUCCUGGGACUGGCCGCUGUCGCGGGGGGAGAAGAAGGCGCGCGUGGACAUGAUAGACCGCAGCAUGCUCCGAGCAGAUUGCCGCGCCCUGGCAGGGAAGCUUCGCAGGAGCCUGGGAACUGAUCGCGCAGCACUCUAGUUUUUUACACGGGGGAGGUUGGACCUCUUCAUCGCGUUCGCACCUGCGCUUCACAUGUCCACGCUUCCGCGCGGAGCUCGCGGACGCCGAGAGCCCGAAUUCGUGAGUUUGCACCCAGAUGUUUCCUUGGCGGCCCGCUUACCCGCCUUGCCGUCGUGCGUUGUUUGUGCUAGUCCUGUUUCGCCUCUCCCGCUCUCGCUGCCUCCAGGUGCGAAUUCAGAGGCGCGCGCAUGCACGCCUGCGUAAUUCCGACUCGGGCGCCCCGGACCGACGCCUCCACUGACAGGGCAGACGCCCCCCUGCCUGAGCCGCGUCACGGAAUAAAAAACAAAACAUC